AUGGAUAGUGUGGCCGAGAAGAGUGACUCUAGCACCGCAGCCCACAAACCAGAAUUCCGCGGCGUUAUCAUCGAUGACGAAGUGAAGGUGUUGUCAUCUGUGGAGAACCCUCUUUCAGUGCACGGGAGCUUUGUCUUGACCAAGACCGGCGACCGAGUCCUGGCUCCCGCUCCAUCAGGCAUCUUAGCGCGAGGGAAGAACACCGCCUCACCGCCUGAAAGCUGGUUUCUCCCAGACGUUCCCGUCGUGGAAGGACACGAUGGGAGUGGUUGCCCUAGCGGUAGGGCAGAAAGCAAUGCAGCGGCCCCCCCAAAGGUAGAAAAAGAGGUCGCACCCCGGGUGAAGCACCAGAGGUGGUCGCCAAGGAUUUCAUAUGAUGACCCCACGUGUGGCACAGAAGUUGGAGGUUCAGGGGAAGGAGAAGGAUCAGUCCGUGUAUCAAUGCCAGAGCGCACAAUACAGAGCGCUGCCGCUGCCACAGGGACGGCUCUUGCCAUGGAGCCCUCAAUCUCAGAGUCUGCAAGAUCCCCAGACAGUAAGCCUCAUAGUCGGCGGUUUCAGCGGUCAAAAAACCGAAGACCAGUAGGGGUCCCGGACGCGGCAAACAUAUCGACCGAAGCCCCUGCAGUGGAUAUCCGUGGCGUGGGAGAGAUGCCAACGGCUGCCAAAAACCGCUUCUCCGCCGAACAUUUCCCCCUCGUGUUCGACUGGUAG